AUGACACCUCUGAUUCCCCGACUUUCCAACAGCAGCUUUUCGGACUCUUCCAUCAGCAGUGUGGUCGACAUGAAGGCGAUGACGCAGACGCCGCCAACGCCAACGAGCCUCCGAAGCAGCCUGCGGUGUCAAUCGGAUCCCGCCUUUCCCACUGCUGCCGGAUUAGAGAACCAACAAGAACCUGUUUGGAACAAACCCAGGAGACGCAUCUCCUUCAACGAACGAGUCUCGGUCCGCGAAUACGACGGAAACUCGUGGGUAUCUGCUAUGGAGAUGGAACAACUGUCACCCGCGAGCAGCAGCAAGAGAGUCGUUGCCAUUCCUCACGUGAUUGCCUUUCCUAACGAUGCGGAAGACUCCACAACCAUUAGUGCCACUACUACUGGUAGCAUGUCCACCAGUCUGCAUCUCAUGUUGCAACAAGAAGUCCGCAACAUCCUCAUGGUCGAUCCUCACGACAUUUUCAUGACUCUAUUCUCCAAAAAGUGGAAACAAGCCUUGCCGCAUGUUCACAUUGUUACGGCACAUUCCAGUGAAGAAGCCUUGCAUCUCUUUUACCAACAAAAACAACAACAACGACGCGCCUUUGACGUGGUCAUUGCCGAGGAACGCUUGACCCUCUUUCAUCGACGAGGGCGAUCCGGAAACAAACUCAUGUCCGGAUCGGCUCUCAUCUCGCAUCUCAAAAAGCAAGAUACGGCUGAUCCGUGUCUCCUUGUCGGUGUCAGUGCCCAUUGGCAAACGGAUCAUGCUACCAUGGUGCAGAGUGGAGCCGACUUUUGUUGGUCCAAAGCGCCGUUGCCCACACUCAGUCAGACAUUGUUGGAAGAAAUGCUGCAUCGACUAUUAAUGAAACGAGGCCAGCACGAAAGGGCUCGAGAUUUGAUGGUCGCCACCGCUUCGGGUGGUACGCACGAUAAUCAUCACGAGGCGAAUCAACCACAACAAAAACAGUGA